AUAAGAUACAACUUAAAAGAUACAUUUCGGUUAUUGUACGUGGUCACGCCGCGUGAAAUUGCACAAAUUGAUUAAAUCAAAUACAAUCCAGCCCAGUGUACAGUGUAGACACGGUCAGGCGAACCGUCUGUCUGGUGCAAAUAAAAAUAUAUUUCGUUAGUGCAAAUUGCACAAAAAAUUGUGUGCGUGUGUGUCGUCUCGUGAAAUACUGUGAAAGCUAAAAAAAAUAAUGCUUAAAAUACAAUUUAUACAAAUUGCCAACUAGCUGAAAGUGUCGGAUCACCAGCAAAUAGCAAACAGCAGCAAAUCAAAAGCAGAUUGAAAGCACAGAAAAGACUCUCCCACAGAGCGCACAGACAGAGCUUCCAAUGGGUCAUCACUUUAGUAAGCCUACUGUACGCGUUGCCAGUCAGGACAAGAACAAAUCCAAUAUCCAGCAGCAGAGAUUCGAGCAGGUGGCAGAGGAGCCACAGCAGGUGCAACUAGUGGAGGAAAUUCUAGCACAAACGGACGUCAACAGUGCGUCGGAAGUGCGUCAAAUCAUAAUCAAAAUACAAUUGGCCAAAAUGGAGAAUGGCAAUGGUGGUCAGGUGCAGCAGCAGCAGCAGCAGCAGGAGGAGGUGCACGUAGAGCAAGGUGUCGCCGUCGCCGUCGCCGCUAUGUCUGCGGACACGCUAAAUGCAAAUGAGCAGCAGCAAAUUGUGGUGGAGGCGAGUUCCGGAGUGGGAUCGGGUGCGGUGUCAAAUCGAACUGCUGGCAGUUCAACGGAAGCGCCAAAAACCGAGAGACAACAGCUCGUGAAUAACAACAAUUUACCGGGAAGUGGUGUCGCAGUCGGGAAUAUUGUGGCUGAGGCAGCGAUAAGUACGCUACAAUUGAACGACGUCCACAACGAUAAUGAUGAUGAUGUGGAUGAUGAUGAUGAUGUGGAUGAGUCGCUGCUGCGUCGGCGUCACCACAGCCACAGCCACGAGGCCGAAGUCGUUGAAUACUGCGAGGUGCUCGAGUCGCUGCCAGUCAGCGAAAUGUUGUCGACGGGAGCACAACACACCAGUCCCAGCGGCAUCAGCAACAGCAACAGCAACAGCAAGCAAGCUCCUAGAGGGAGUGCCGCCAGCGGAAAUAGUUGCUGUCGGAGUCGCAGCAGCAAAGCCCUGUCCAUGGGGGCCACAGAAUCCACAGCAGCCACAGCAGCGGCAGCGGCCCCAACCAGCUCCAAGCGACGUUGCUGCAAGUGCAAGUGCCGGGAUGCCAUCCGGGGCUUCAGAGACAUGCUCGACUCCAGCAAGGAUAAGAAGGAGACCAGCACAUCAGCGUCAGCUUCGUCCGCGGUGACUAGGAAAUCUCGCACGGCCGAUCGCCGGUCGACGCCACCCACGCUGAGUGGGGCCAGUGGCAGCGGCCUGGGGAUUACCCAGCAACGGCUGCAGACACAGAGGAAACGGAACUCCGUGGCCGUGCCAGAGCCAAGUCAGUUGGCGAUUUGGACCGCACCGGUGAAUGGUGAUGUCAUCAUACGCAUCAGCUCGCCGCAAUUUGUGGUGGAAUCACCCAAUGCCCGGGUAACAGUGGGCCCCAACAUUCGACUGGUGACGGAGACAGCGCCAGCAACGAUUCUCCCACAGCAGCAGCAGCACCAGCAAUUGCAGCAGCAGCAGCAGAUGGAUCCCCAGCAGCAGGGUCCUCCAGUGCGUCUCACCUAUGGCCGUCGCAGCGUGACCGUGCACUCGCAGAUCGAUUUUAUGCAUUGCCUGGUGCCCGAUCUGGAGCGGAUCAUCAACAGCAGCUUCUACUGGGGCAAGAUGGAUCGCUAUGAGGCGGAGCAUCUGCUCGAGGGCAAGCCGGAGGGCACCUUCCUGCUGCGCGACUCGGCCCAGGAGGAGUUCCUCUUCUCAGUUACAUUCCGCAAAUAUGGAAGAUCGCUGCACGCGCGCAUCGAGCAGAGUGGUCACAAGUUUAGCUUUGACUGUCAUGAUCCGUGCGUGUUUACCGCGCCCACGGUGACGGGCCUGCUGGAGCACUACAAGGAUCCGUCCUGCGUGAUGUUCUUCGAGCCCUGCCUGACCAUGCCGCUGCACCGGAGACAGACCUUCUCGCUGCAGCAGCUGGCGCGAGCGACGAUCGUCUCGAACACCAGCUACGAUGGCAUCAAUCAGCUGGAGCUGCCGGGGCGACUGAAGAGCUACCUCAAGGAGUACCACUACAAGCAGAAGCUGCGCGUCAAGCCCUGCGAUGCCCACACACCGGUACCGUUCUACGGCAACGUAUAGUCCGCGGCGCAUUCGGCUCAUCCGGCCGCACAGCAGCAGCCGAUGGGCUUCUUCUACUACGAGGAAGUGGACAGCGACGACGAUGAUGAGGAGGGUGUCAAUAUCGUUCACCUGUCCUAUGUGCAGCCUGACGAGGAUUUGCUUCGACUACAGGACAGCAGGCAGACGGCGU